AUGGGUCGAUACAGGGUGUGUGUGGACACUGGGCACUUUGCCUUCGCGGGGACCAACAACCAGGUGCAGCUGUGGUUGGUGGGGCAGCAUGCAGAGGCCAAACUGGGGCUGUGGCUUCGGCCAGCUCGAGGACAGAAGGAGGAUUUUGAAGUGGAUGUCUCAGAAGACCUGGGUCCCCUCCUGUUUGUGAAGCUCCAGAAAAUCCAUUUCCUGCUGAAGGAUGCCUGGUUCUGCAACCAUAUAACUGUUUGGGUCUCUGAUAAGAGCAUGGAGGAGGAUAAGGGGAUACUGUUCCCCUGCUACAGAUGGGUACAGGGAGAUGGAAUCAUCUGCCUGCCUGUAGCCACUGCUUGGAUGAUGGGAAAGGAUGUCCAGGGAUUGUUUAAGAAACACAGAGAAGAGGAGCUGGAGGAAAGAAGGAGAUUAUACCGUUGGGCCACCUGGAAGAAAGGGAUAUUCUUGACAGUGGAUGCAGCAUCAGAGAAAGACCUGCCCCUGGAUGUGAGAUUCCAUGAGGAUAAGAAGAUUGAUUUUGAUGGGGCACUGGCUGCAGGAGAGAUGGAAGUUGUCCUUAAACGUGCAAGCAACUUCCUGAGUUCCUGGAAGAGCUUGGAAGAUUUUGACCAAAUCUUCUGGGGCCACCAGAGCACCUUGGCCAAGAAGGUACGCCAGUCCUGGAAGGAUGAUGAUUUUUUUGGCUACCAGUUCCUUAAUGGGAUGAACCCUACAGUGCUGAAAAGGUCCACUUCUCUCCCCACCAGACUUGUGAUCCCCCCAGGGGCAGAGGAGCUUCAGAUCCAGAUGGAAAGAAAGCUCCAGGAGGGCUGCCUAUUCGAAGCUGACUAUUCCCUUUUGGAUGGAAUCCAGCCCAAUGUGAUCCAGGGGGAGAAACAACAUCUGGCUGCCCCCCUGGUUAUGUUUAAGAUGGAGCCUGAUGGGAAGCUGCUACCCCUGGUUAUCCAGCUCCAGCUUCCCAGCUCUGGCUCUCCAGUCCCACCACUCUUCCUGCCCUCAGAUCCCUCCCUCACAUGGCUCCUGGCCAAGGCCUGGGUCAAAAAUUCUGACUUCCAGCUGCAACAACUACAAACCCAUCUCCUGAAGACCCAUUUGUUGAUUGAGGUGUUUGCUGUAGCCACUAUGAGGUGCCUCCCAGGGAUGCACCCCAUCUUCAAGCUGCUGGUCCCUCAUUUCCGUUAUACUAUGGAGAUCAACACUCGAGGGCGGACCAUAGUCUUCUCUGAUGGGGGAGGUUUUGAUCAGAUGCUGAACAGUGGUGGGGAAGGUAAACUGGAUAUCCUCCGCAGAGGAAUAGCCCAUUUGACCUAUCGAUCCCUCUGUCUUCCCAAUGACCUGGCUGACAGAGGGCUUCUGGGGAUUCCAUCAUCUCUCUAUGCUCAUGAUGCCCUCCGGCUCUGGGACAUUAUUUCCAGGUAUGUGCAAGGAAUGGUCCAUCUCUAUUAUUCAGGGGACAAGGUUGUACAGAGUGACCAUGAACUACAAACAUGGUGCCAAGAGAUCACUGAAAAUGGGUUGUGUGGGGCCCAGCAGCGAGGGUUUCCUGUCUCCUUCCAAUCCAGGGCUGACCUCUGCCACUUUCUCACCAUGUGCAUCUUCACAUGCUCAGCCCAACACUCAGCUGUUAAUCAGGGACAGGGUGACUGGUAUACCUGGGUCCCUAAUGCUCCAUGUUCUAUGCGGCAACCCCCACCAACAACAAAAGAUGUAACCUUAGAAAUGGUGAUGGACACAAUGCCCAACGUCUAUCAAUCCAGUAUCCAGAUGUCUACUUCAUGGCAGGGGAGCCGGAUCCAGCCAGACAAGGUACUCCUGGGUCAUCCCAAGGAGAAAUACUUCUCAGAGCCUGAGUCCAAGGCUGUGCUGAGCCGUUUCCAGAAAGAUUUGGACACUCUGGAAAGGGAAAUUGUGGCUCGUAAUGAAGGUCUGGACCUGCCUUAUGAGUACCUUCAACCAAGCCAGAUAGAAAACAGCAUUACCAUCUAAGCCCAAUAUCUGGCUGACCACCACUCUGAUUGGGUUGGAAAAGCCUCGUUUCCUUUCCCUUAGUCCUUUUAAUCUCAAGUCUACAGUUACAAAAAUUACAAGUUUGGGGUUCUGUCCCCACCAUAUCUGCUCUUUUUC